AACAGAGACUCACAGCAGCAAAAAAACUCGUCUUUUUAGCUUUCUUCUCCAUAAUUUUUUUUGGGCUGCUUUUUCUCCUUCCCUUGCUCUUGUUUCUGAUCUCAAUGAUGGCCACGCUUUCGCUCCCGAGGCGCUCGCUCCCAUCUCUGAUCCCACCUCAGACGAACAGAACCCAAUCUCCCCGCAAUCCCGCAUUCUUGCCCGGAUCGUCAGAGUCUCAGUUCCAUGGCCUUAAGCUUUCCAAUUCCUCCUCCCCCUCCAUCCCUUCUUCGUUCCCUGCCAAAAGCACCAUUUUUGCAAAGGUGAACAAAGGCCAAGCCCCACCGUCCUUCACGCUGAAGGAUCAAGAUGGCAAGAACGUGAACCUCUCUAAGUUCAAGGGCAAGCCUGUGGUUGUCUAUUUCUACCCUGCUGAUGAGACACCAGGUUGCACCAAGCAGGCCUGCGCUUUCCGGGAUUCUUAUGAGAAGUUCAAGAAAGCAGGAGCUGAGGUGAUUGGAAUUAGUGGGGACGACUCAUCUUCGCAUAAGGCAUUUGCCAAGAAGUAUAGACUUCCAUUCACAUUGCUCAGCGAUGUCGGGGAUAAGGUCAGGAAAGAGUGGGGAGUCCCCUCAGAUCUAUUCGGGGCCUUGCCCGGAAGACAGACUUAUGUACUCGACAAGAACGGCGUGGUUCAGCUCAUCUACAACAACCAGUUCCAACCCGAGAAGCACAUUGAUGAGACCUUGAAGUUCCUUCAAAGCGCCUGACGGGCCAUUAUGAAUAUGUCAACAGUUUGUCCUUCCCGAUCUCUUGUUGGUUUUUAUUCCCGUUGCUCCAUAUGUAAACUGUAUAUGGCCCUUCAAUGACAUGAUAUACGAUUCUUAAAUCGGUCUUGUACGGAUCAAGGUGUUGAUCAAUUCUUAUUCGGAUUUGUAGUAAGUACAUGCAAUCCAGAUAAGCCUAAUACAACAUUUGCUAUGAUGCUUCUUUUUAUUCU